AUGAUCAAGGCUUUCCUCAGUCGUUGGGUUGCUAUCUUUGGUGCACCCUCCGAAAUCACGACUGACCGUGGUGCCCAGUUUGAGUCUAACCUCUUCCAGUCUGUAUUCUCCUUUUUAGGCUGUACCCGCAUACGGACGACAGCCUAUCACCUGGCUGCUGACGGGAUGGUCGAGCGGUUUCACCGCCAGCUGAAGGCCUCCCUACGCGCCGCGGCCGAUCCGGAGAACUGGACGGACCACCUUCCCCUGGUCCUCUUGGGCAUCCGCUCCACCCUCAAGUCGGACCUUGACUGUUCCGCAGCUGAAAUGGUGUUCGGCGCCACUGUCCGACUCCCCGGUGAGAUGAUCUCGCCAAUCGCGCGAGAUGCAGUUGAGGAUCCCACCAACCUCCUGCAUCGCCUCCGACAGUUUAUGCGGACACUUUCUCCGGUUCCUCCCAGGUCCUCCGCCUCUUCGUCUUAUCUCGAGAAGGACUUGGCAACGUGCUUUCACGUAUACCUGCGAUGUGGUCGAGUCCGCCGGCCUCUGGAACCACCCUAUGACGGCUCAUUCCGGGUGCUCUCUCUCGCGAGACGAAGACUUUCCGCAUUCAACGCGACAAUCGCGAAGAGGUCGUGA